AUGGGCUUGGUGGACUAUUCGGACAGCGAAAGCGAACCCGAGGCAACUACGAAGGAGACCACAGCAUCGAAGAACGAAGCGACUAGGAAGGCUGCAUUCCAGAAAGCAGCGCCAGGAAAGAUCGCUGUAGCAUUACCAUCGCUCCACCCAGAGCCUGGCCAGAAGGGUGAUAGUGGCGCCGACGGGCCACCAGCGAAGCGUGCUCGCACAGGUGGUGCAUUCAGUGGCUUCAACAGUUUCCUACCAGCGCCAAAGCGUGCGGCCGCACCAAAGGCAGGCAUCAGUCUGAAGACCAGCAGUGAGGCUGCCUUUAGUCGCACCCCAGUGCCCACGCCGGCGGCUGAUGAGGGUGAUGAUGCGAUCGUGGCGUCAGCGUCCAUCACAGAGAAGAGCGAGCCACCGCCAGAGCCCAAGCUGGUGGGCAAGGCAACACGAUUUCUGCCUCUGAGCGUGUCGAACAAGAAAAAGAAGAAGCCUCUAAGCAAACCUCCGCCAGUACAUGAGCGGAGUAAUAGCACAGAGAAUGGGAAACACUCAGACAUGGCGAAGGGCGUGAUAGAGAAAGCGGCAGUGGAAGCAGAACCAGCGCCGAAACCGAAGCGAUCACUCUUCUCCGUGCAGCAAGAGGACGAAGCGCAGCCCAUACAAUCAGAAUCGCCGUACGAGCCCAUGAUAGCACAGGAAGGGAGGGCAUACCUACCGGAAGAGGUAGAGCAAGCAGCACGGCCUGCGUCUUCGGUGGAUCCAAACUCGCUCGAAGCCGUUGCACAGGAUAUGAACCUCACACCUGCUCAGCGACGGCAGUUAUUUGGCAGGAACGGGAAGGGCGCAAAUGUGACGCACUUCAACAUGGACUCUGAGUAUGCCCACAAUGAGGAACUGCGACAGGCUGGCGAAGUCGUGGAACAUCGUGCUGUCAAGGCUAUUGCGCCUGGCAAGCACAGUUUACAGCAGUUGGUCAAUAAUGCGAGGAGCCAAAAGGAUGCUCUCGACGACAAGUUCGCUGAGGGCAAAGCCAAUCGCAGUGCAGGAGGUGCAAAGUAUGGAUGGAGUAGUUAG